UCUGCUGGGGGGCGCGGGCGAGGAUGGCGGCGGAGAACGGGGCCAGCCAGGAGAGCGCCCUCGGCGCCUACUCGCCCGUGGACUACAUGAGCAUUACCAGCUUCCCUCGGUUGCCGGAGGACGAGCCGGCACCCGCGGCUCCGCUGCGGGGACGCAAGGACGAAGACGCCUUCCUGGGAGACCCCGACACUGACCCCGACUCCUUCCUGAAGUCCGCGCGGCUGCAGCGGCUGCCGUCGUCGUCGUCGGAGAUGGGCAGCCAGGACGCGUCGCCGCUGCGGGAGACGCGCAAGGACCCGUUCUCGGCAGCUGCGGCCGAGUGCUCCUGCCGCCAGGAUGGGCUCACGGUCAUCGUCACCGCCUGCCUCACCUUCGCCACGGGUGUCACUGUGGCGCUCAUCAUGCAGAUCUACUUCGGGGACCCCCAGAUCUUUCUUCAGGGUGCCGUGGUGACAGAUGCUGCCCGCUGCACUUCACUGGGCAUUGAGGUGCUCAACAAGCAGGGAUCUUCUGUGGAUGCAGCUGUGGCAGCUGCCCUGUGUUUGGGGAUUGUGGCCCCACAUAGCUCUGGCCUGGGCGGCGGGGGUGUGAUGCUGGUACAUGACAUCCGGCGAAAUGAGAGCCGACUAAUUGAUUUCCGGGAGUCUGCGCCAGGGGCCCUCAGGGAAGAGGCCCUGCAAAGAUCCUGGGAGACUAAGCCUGGGCUCUUGGUGGGGGUCCCCGGAAUGGUGAAGGGGCUACACGAAGCUCACCAGCUCUAUGGCAGGCUGCCAUGGUCCCAAGUCCUGGCUUUCGCAGCAGCUGUGGCCCAGGAUGGCUUCAACGUGACCCAUGAUCUAGCCCGCGCCCUGGUCGAACAGCCGCCGCCCAACGCAUCCGAGCGCUUCCGCGAGACGUUCCUGCUGUCGGGCCACCCGCCCCUACCCGGCUCGCUGCUGCGUCGGCCCGACCUGGCCGCGGUGCUGGGUGCGCUGGGCACCGCCGGCCCUGCGGCCUUCUACGCCGGCAGCAACUUCACCCUGGAGAUGGUGGCCGAGGCUCAACACGCAGGGGGUGUCAUAACUGAGGAGGACUUCAGCAACUACAGUGCCCUCGUGGAGAAGCCUGUGUGUGGCGUGUACAGAGGCCACCUGGUUCUCAGUCCCCCACCCCCGCACACGGGCCCUGCGCUCAUCAGUGCUCUCAACAUCCUCGAGGGCUUCAACCUCACCAACCUGGUGUCCCGGGAACAGGCUCUUCACUGGGUGGCAGAGACCCUGAAGAUUGCACUAGCCCUGGCCAGCAGACUGGGAGAUCCAGCCUAUGAGCCUACCAUCACUGAGAGCAUGGAUGACAUGCUGAGCAAGGUGGAGGCCGCCUAUCUCCGGGGCCACAUCAAUGACUCCCAGGCAGCCCCUGCCCCACUCCUGCCCGUCUACGAGCUGGAUGGGGCUUCCACGGCUGCCCAGGUGCUGAUCAUGGGCCCUGAUGACUUUAUUGUGGCCAUGGUCAGCUCCCUGAACCGGCCCUUUGGCAGUGGCCUCAUCACCCCCUCGGGGAUCCUGCUCAACAGCCAGAUGCUGGACUUCUCCUGGCCCAACAGGACUGCUAACCACUCUGCGCCCAGCCUGGAGAACUCGGUGCAACCAGGGAAACGGCCACUCUCUUUCCUGCUGCCCACUGUGGUCAGGCCAGCAGAAGGGCUCUGUGGGACCUACCUCGCCCUGGGGGCCAACGGGGCUGCCCGGGGCCUCAGCAGCCUGACUCAGGUUCUGCUGAAUGUCCUGACCUUGAACCGAAACCUAAGUGACAGCCUGGCCCGUGGCCGCCUGCACCCAGACCUGCAGUCCAACCUCCUGCAGGUGGACAGUGAGUUCACAGAGGAAGAGAUUGAGUUCCUGGAAGCCAGGGGUCAUCAUGUGGAGAAGGUAGAUGUCUUGUCCUGGGUCCAUGGCAGCCGGAGAACCAACAACUUCAUCAUAGGUGUGAAGGACCCUCGGAGCCCAGAUGCAGCCGGAGCCACCAUCGUGUAGAACAGCGGGGUGGGGUGGGGGUCUUUGCUCCCCGCCUUUGCAUGUUCCCAGAGUCCCUCCUUCUCCCAGGUUUGGUCUCAGGGGGACCCCAGGGAUGCCCCAGAUUAGGGGUGAAAGGGGAUGCUUAGCAAACCCUAUUCCAGAGUAACUGGAAAAUUCUCCGUCUGGAGGCCUGGUGGUGGUGGUGGUGGGUGUUGGUGUCCACGACCAGGCAAGCGGGACCUUGAGGAGUCAGACUAACUGUCUGUCUGUCUCCCUCCUCUCCUCUCUCAGCCAUGCUGGCCCUGAGCUUAGGGACAUGCUUGCAAACCCUUCUCGAAGGUCCUUACAACCCCAACAUCUCCAGACUGGCCUGACCUGGGCCUUGUCUUCCGGCUUCCUUCCCCUCUCCCAGCCUCAUUUCUUAAAUGACUAGGAAUUUUUUAAUGGACCAUACAGGGGAGAGAGUGCUUCUCUUCUCCUUCCACCAGGUUGAGGCAGGGGACCUUGCAUCUGGGGGUCCCCAGAGUGUUGGGUAGGGGUGGGGGUGGGACCAGCUCAGGGGCU